AUGCAAUUCAAAACUCUCCCAACCGAACUCCUCAUCCACAUCUACCUCUCGUCCUCCUCAAUAACCGACAUCCUCGCCCUCGCUUCCACCUGCCGCCGCUUCCACCGCAUCCUCAACGCAAACGCCUCCAACAAACUCCAAAUCCUCUACACCGUCGCCUCUUCCGAAUUCUCCCCAAUAGACGACAUAAUCCAGCUGAUCACGCAGAACGAGUCUCAGCCAGUACAUAUCCGGCGCGAAGCACCCUUGUCGUUUCCGCUACUCAAGCAGAUCGCGGUGGUCGGGAAAGUGGCAAGGAAGUGGGAGAUUAUCUACCCGUUCAAGAAAUGGAAGGUUGAUUAUGAGAACCGGCGGUUAUUAAGCAAUGAUGAGAAAUGGAGGGUGCGACGCGCGGUGUAUCGGUUGUGGUUGUAUACUCGCGCGUUCCACACGAGGUCUGAUCGGUAUACGCGGAACUUGAGGCCUGUGGUCCUUGAACGCGCGCGGUUACUGCAUAACUGGUCAAAUGAAGAGUUAGCGGAGAUUGAAGAUCUGCGGGGUGUUGUGCACGAUGUUGUGCGGAACCAUAUAUGUCCUAGUAAUGGGACGAUUGAGAGGAAGUUUCGGAAGAGGUUUCCUGCUGUAAAUGGGCAGUUGACGUUCAACUUUCUCCCGAUGCCGGGGGAGGUUAAGCCUGCGGGGUAUUAUACUACGGAUCAGUAUUUCUACGCACAUCCCACGGACUCGGUGAAAUACCGCUCUCGCUUCCGGAAUGACAUCUUCCACGACCCCGGGUACGAAGGCUGGGGCGAUGAGAUACCGCAUUACUACGUGGUCGAGGAUAUGAUGAAGUUGGACCCCAGGCAGGUGCUGUGGCUACGGGAACAUGCGCCGUUGAAGGAGCAGGUGGAGGCAUAUAUUGAGGCGUUGGGGGAGUGGUUCCGGAAUAACGGGGAGACGUUUGGAGAGACGUUGGCGUGGGUUAUGCUUGAGAGAGGGGAAGAUGUGGAGAAUUUCAGGGCUGCUAUUUACAAUAGAGAUAUGGGAAUUGUUUAG